CGUUACUGGUUAAACUUUGGCGCAGUACCUAAUUGUUCAUCAGUCCAAGGCGCAGUGUUAGAUUUCUAUACUUUAUUUCCAUAUUCAGAUCUGUCGUGUCAAAGGGAUUUAUUAUAUUUGACUCUAAUUUCAUCACGUGAUAUGACUUUUCUUUAACAACUCACUUUUUGUGUAUACUUUUUUUCCCUUUUCUUUUUACGCACGAGUGUCGCCUCUUUACGCAUCCAUUAAUCAGAAACCGGGGUGAUGUUACUGGAUGCAGGCCACCAGAUCUCCGGCUUAGGGGUUGGCACGUUCACAAGGCAUCACUCGAAUGUGAGCGAGGCGCAGGAACGAGAUAUGAGUUUCAUGGAAUCGGCACACAUGGGUGCGUUCAAACUGAACCACCCCGAUCUGUCCCCGGGCCAGAGCGCAGGUUUUGCCCCCCAAGCAACCAGCUAUUCUGCGGCGGCUCUUGGGGCGCAUGCAGCAGCGCACGCUGCUUCGUACGCCAGCUCCACUUUCAACUCUACCAGGGAGUUCCUCUUGCGCAGCCGAGGGUUUGGGGAUUCGACUCCGGGCGGCGGUCAGCACCCCAUCUUCAGCGCCACAGCGGGGCCUCUCCAUCACUCUCAUCCAGAGGGUCAGGGUCACCUACUUUUCCCCGCAAUCCACGAACAGCACGGGUCCCACCAUAGCUCUCCAAACAUCCUGAAUGGCCGCCUCGGAUUACCCGGUGAGGUUUUCGGGCGAACGGAUCAAUAUCAGCAAGUGUCCAAUGCGCGGGCCGAUCCCUACAGUCAAUAUGGCCUAAAUAUGAGUAUGAACAUGACGCACCAUCCCGGCGCUUUCUUCCGCUACAUGCGACAACAGUGCAUCAAACAAGAGCUCAUUUGUAAAUGGAUCGACCCAGAGCAGCUUGGUGACCCCAAAAAAUGCUGCAGCAAAACAUUCAGCACUAUGCACGAGCUGGUCACUCAUGUGUCCACGGAGCAUGUCGGCGGGCCAGAGCAGUGUAACCACGUCUGUUUUUGGGAGGAAUGCCCAAGGGAAAGCAAGCCGUUCAAGGCAAAAUACAAACUAGUAAAUCAUAUCCGCGUGCACACGGGAGAGAAACCCUUCGCAUGUCCGUUCCCGGGAUGUGGAAAGGUUUUUGCGCGUUCGGAGAAUUUGAAAAUACACAAACGGACACACACAGGAGAAAAACCAUUCCUGUGUGAAUUUGACGGCUGCGACAGACGCUUCGCCAACAGCAGUGACCGGAAGAAGCACAUGCACGUUCACACGUCUGACAAGCCAUAUUUGUGCAAACUGUGCGACAAAUCCUACACACAUCCCAGCUCUUUAAGAAAGCACAUGAAGGUUCAUGAGGAUCAAGGUCCGGUAAACGAAUCCUCUCCUACUGGAAGCUCCGGGUACGAGUCGUCGACCCCCUCCAGUUUGAUCUCUCCAUGCUCGGAGACUCACAGCACCAUGUCGCCCGACUCUGCUGCGCUCAACGGCAGCGGGCAUAGCAGCUUAACGUCCAGUUUUAGCGAGUGGUACGUUUGAGGACUCCGCCAAAAGUGACAAAUAAAAAGAAAAUAUUAUUUGUACAUAGUAAAUGAAGGUUUAUGUUAUCAGCAUGCCUAAGAUUCAGUGUUGCACUGUGGCUGAUGUAAGCUGAGGAAUAUAAGCAAUACAAAUGAUUUAUAAAUGAAGGCUGUUCUCUCAUAUGAAGAAUUAAAUGUCCUUUGGUACAUUUUCUCCAAAGACGAAGAAUGAUAUUUUUUUUUUUGUUUAACUGUAGAAUUGUUUUACAGUAAUGUCGUGUCAAGUUACAAUGUUUGAAUAAACUAUAGAGCUAUUUGACGUUAAAUGAUUGUCUUACCAUAUAUGUAUUAACUG